CUAACCGACCGCGACUACACGCGAACCGUUUAAUAGUUUUUAGGUCUUCUUCGACGAGUUAAGAUCCUCACAGUCCAUCGGACACCGCGAAGAAAACAACUAAUUUUAAGUGUUUGGUUUUUAGUGAAGCAUCUAAGUUUGAAUUAGUUACAAAGUUUAGUUUAUUCUUUCGUUAUUUAUUCUAAGGAAAAAAUGCUUUUGAUUCUUUUCGCAUUUUUAUUGAUUUCAUCAUCAUCGGCGAACGAUGAAGAAACAAAUAAGCUCAGCUCGUCGACAACGAAUUUAGAUUCAAAUCUUCGAAAAGCUCUUUUAAAAGCGUUGACGGAGCUAGAAGCGGAAAGCGAUGGCGCAGGAAACCCGGAAAGUACCGUUGAGAAGGCUCAAGCAAGUCAGGUUAAUAUUAUUCAGGAAAAUGUGGAUAAAAAUUUUACGGUGACAUCAACGAAAUCGCCGGAAACUCAAAGACAAGUUGUUUUGAUACAGAAAAGUGCCGGGAUUCAAAGCAAACCAAUCACAACCUUUUUUCCUUCAAAUUUAAAUGUUACCGAGAAUUUUUUAACAUCAUCGACAAGUUUUACAACGAAUUAUUUCAAAAAUAAACAUCAAACGACUCCUAAACCAAUUAAUUCAUUUACUAUUGACGAUAAAUUAACAACAAUCACUUCGAAUAAAUUAGAUUUAACCUCGCCAACUCCAACGGUUGAAACACCCACCACUGAGGAAAGCGAAGCUAAAGUUGAAGAUGUACAAUUCUUUUCAGCGCCUUUAGUUGCUGCUUUUACAGUUCAUCAAGAUGAACAUGGUUUACCAAAAAGUGUAGAGCCAAUUUUUAAGGCAUCAACAAAUACGGUUCCGGUGGUUACAAAUUUCAUUGAUGACCAAAGAUUUUAUCAACAGAAACAAGAAGAAUUAGAGUUACAGGAAAAAAGAAGGAGAGAAGAUUUUUUGAAACAACAGCAAUUAAAACAAGAACAAUUUAGGAAUCAAUUUGUGAUUCAAGAGAAACAAAGGGCUUUGGAAGAACAGUUAUACAAGCUGCAACAUCAACAACGACAACAACAAGAAGUUUUAUUGAAACAACAAGAGUUAAUUAGGGAACAAGAAAGAGUUUUGAGGGAAGAACGCGAGAGAAAUCGUUUAAAACAAAACGAACAACCCUUUAUCCCUAUUAUUCCUAAUAAUCGCAUUGAAAAUGUUGAAUUUACCACUUCAAAUCCAACUAAACCGUCAACGGUUGUUUUUCAAUCGAGCGUUUCUUUUAAUCCGGCCGAAUUUUCUAAAGGAACUUCUUUACCGUUAAAUGCUCAACAAUUACCGGUUAAAAAUUAUAAUGAUUUUAGACAAACUCCAUAUUAUAAUCAACAUCAAGUUCAACCAAAUCAAUUUCAUCAAAAUCAAAUACAAAAUAUUCAAUCAAUUCAACCCAUUCAACAACAAAUUCAACCAAUUCAACAACAAAUACAACCAAUUCAACAACAAAUUCAACCAAUUCAACAACAAAUACAACCAAUUCAACAACAAAUACAACCAAUUCAACAAAUUCAACCAGUUCAACAACAAAUACAACCAAUUCAACAAAUUCAACCAGUUUUAACACCACCUCAUUACAAUACACCAACGACAGUGGAAAUUCCACCAACUCAAAACGUUAGAAUUUAUCGCCAAGAACAAGAAACGGGAACUUUCCCAAACAAUUUCGUCUUUAACCCAAACCACCAUCAACAGCAACAAUACGUCCAAAUUCAACCAUCAAUUCAAGUCCCAAAUGUGCGAUUAUUAAGAUCAAACGAAGCAUUCCAAAAUGGGCCGGUUCAACCGCCCUUGGUGAAUCAUCAAUUAAGAAAUUUGUUGCAACAAGCCGGGAUUAGUAAGGGAAGGCAGGAAGAUUUAAAUAUCGUCUCGAAAGUGUUGUCUUAUAAUCAUUUUGGAGGCGGUGGUGGUAAUUUUUUUGCCGUCCCCGCCAGGGGGUAUCAUUUUCAAGUGCAUAGAAGUGAUACGAAAGGUUGA